AUGAGUCUUCCGAUCGAAAUUAUUGAUCGUGUAGUAACUAGCGGACUAGACAGUCUAGAGAGUCUGUUAGCAUGGAGUAAGGUUGGUUCACAUUUUAGAACAAUUAUAAAGCGCAAGCUUGGUGUAUUGAAGAUUUGGGAUUUGGAUAGGGAAUCAUCAAAAACCUUAGCAGAUCCUUGCAAUUAUGAGUUGUUAUCUGAUGAGAGAAACACCGCUUGCGUAAAUACAGAUACGUUCAAGUUUCCUGUGUUGAGCGAAUUUCUACGGAAGUUUGACAACGUUCUCAUUGUCAUCGUAUCCGAUCGCUGCUACAGUGACCCAUUGGCGACGGCAUUAUGUGAAUUAAGUAGAGGGCUAAGUGGGAUGGGUACUCUAAAGAAUCUAUGCUUCAUGUAUAAGACGACUACCAAUUUCCUUUCCAAGUUCUAUUUCAGAGAGCUAAGCCAUUGUCAAAGCCAACUACGAUUAUGUGAAUUACAUAUAUUCGCCAACCGAGAUAUUAAUCACCAGGAAGUUGACAUGUUUGAUAUCGACACGAUAUUUGAGACUACUUAUUUACAUGACGUGGAAACGCUGUUCACUUUGAACAUAAGAAGGGGUAAGAAAGUGAUUGCACCUAGGAUUAUGACAGUGAAUCAAUUGCAAUGUGAGGAUAACACUACAAUAGUCGAUGAUCUACAAUACUGUCCCCUGCUUAAAACGAUUGAAAAAUUCCAAGUGCCACCAGGAAAGAGAGUUGUAUUACCACCAUGCGACCAUUUAACUCUCGUCAGUUACAAUAGUAACACUGAAAGGGAUCUUGUUGAUGGAUCCUUCGUGAGAGAAUCUUUGACAAUCAGGGCAUCCCCAAUGUGUUCAGAAGCCAAUUUCAAGAACAUCAAAUGCCGCAACAUUCGAUCCCUAUGUGUCGAAUUUAGUAACAGUGUCUGGGGUAACGUCAAGUUCAUCGAUUGUGCUUUUGGGAACCUAAGGUCUUACAGGUGUCCAGUGAAUACAGAAUGGGAAGAUUUGGUUUAUUCAAACUCAAUUUACGUUGAUACAAUCAUAUUCAAAAUCUCAAACAUGCUGUCACUACAGAACCUCGCACAGAUCCCAUUCACGUUGGACAACCUCGUCUUGAAUUCAGACGACAAGGAAUUGAAACCACCAGAAUGUAAGCCGGAUCAAAUGAGAAGCAUAUACGGUUGUAAACAGGUAAUCCAAGAAUUGAAAAGGUUGGAAUUCGAACUUUCAAGCAUCUGGGACUGCGCCGUAUUUCAACAUGUGAUCAUUCCAAAUCUCACAAAUGAUUCUGAAUUGUGCCUUACGAUAAACGAAAGUCACAUAGCAAGAGAGCUAGAGAAGGCUCGUGAAUGGGACAGAUCUUUGUAUCUGCUCGAAAGUUUACAACUAGAUUGGAAUCGUAAUAAGAUACGGUUCUGUAUCCCUAAAUUGAAAGCAUUCCAAUUAUCUAUUAUAAGAGAAAGAAUGGACGAAACAAGAGAACGAGUAUUUCAAUUGCCCGUUGGUACAAUGUCGCUACUGCAUCCAUUACUUUCUACAAAUGGUGCCAACUACGUUAACCUGUCCGAGCAUGAUGUUAUCGAAUUCAUAGAUACUAAUGCAUAA